AACUGGAGACGGCAAAGUCAACAGGAAAGAAGUCCGCUGGGCAGCCCGUUUUCGACUUUAUUAUAAUAUCUUUUCUCAUUCGCAAAAGUCCAGAAACGGUUAUAACUCAUCACAGAGAAUUCAGAAAACUUCCUCUUCCUCUCCCAAACUUCCUUUUAUUUAUAAUUGGUUUUUUCUUCUCUUUUUUAGAUAAAGUUUCAAAUAUUCUCUCUCCCUUUCUCUUCUUUUUUAUUUUGUUGGUUAGGCCUUUUUCUUUUUCUUUCUUACUUUUUUUUUGUUUUUUGUUUUUUUUUUUUAAUUAUCAUUCUUUUAUUGAAUGGCUUAUGCGAACUAAUAAGAGGAAGGAUGAGCUGAAGUAUAGAGAAUCAAAACAACAAGCUCAGUCAUUUUUGGCGUUCAAUUGGAUCGUUUGUGAAUUAAAAAUUUGAGGAAGGUUUUUAAUUUAGGUGGUGGGUGGUUUGAAUUCUGGAUUGCACGUGGCUACAGUUGUUGGAUGUUGAGAAUUUAGCUGAAGAAGUUGGAGGGACUGUGGAAUUAUUUUUAUGGAUAGCUUAUGUUGUUUCAAAUCUUCCUACUCUCAGCUUGUAGGAGGACGUUCCUCAUCUAGCUCUGGUAAAGGUAGAAGCUAUGAGGGGUUAAUGAAGUAUGGUUUCAGCCUAGUAAAAGGGAAAGCUAAUCAUCCAAUGGAGGAUUAUCAUGUUGCUAAGUUUAUGCAGAUUCAGGGACAUGAGUUAGGGCUGUUCGCUAUUUAUGAUGGCCAUUUGGGAGAUAGUGUUCCUUCCUACCUACAGAAACAUUUGAUGUCCAAUAUCCUAAAGGAGGAAGAAUUUUGGGUUGACCCCAACAGGUCCAUCAUAAAAGCCUAUGAGAAGACAGACCAGGCAAUUCUCUCACACAGCUCUGACUUGGGGCGGGGUGGAUCCACAGCUGUAACUGCUAUUUUGAUAAACGGCCAAAAAUUAUGGAUAGCCAAUGUCGGAGAUUCGCGAGCAGUUCUCUCAAGAGGGGGCCAGGCAAUACAGAUGACUAUAGAUCAUGAGCCCAACACCGAACGAGGCUUCAUUGAGAACAAAGGCGGUUUUGUCUCAAACAUGCCAGGAGAUGUCCCUAGAGUCAAUGGGCAGCUGGCUGUUUCUCGAGCUUUUGGGGAUAAGAGCCUCAAAUCACAUUUGCGAUCUGACCCGGACAUACAAGACACUAUUAUAGAUAUCAACACUGAUCUUCUAAUCCUUGCUAGUGAUGGUCUUUGGAAGGUAAUAGCCAAUCAAGAAGCAGUUGAUAUUGCAAGGAGGAUCAAAGACCCACAGAAAGCAGCUAAGCAAUUAAUAGCUGAGGCGUUGAAAAGGGACAGUAAAGAUGAUAUUUCUUGCAUUGUUGUUCGAUUUAGGGGAUAAUACCUUUUAAAUCAAGCAGUAUAAACCUAUAAUAAAAGCUCUUUUACAAAGGAUGCCAAUUUAAGGUCAGACAGACAGCAAGUAGACCUGGUUAGGGUAAUGCACACCGAAUCUUCAGAGAAGAAAAAGGAAGGAUUCCCCCAAUGUAAAUUUAUUUUCUCGAUCAGUGUUUGAUAUUGUUUGAUUUAGUUUUGAAAGUGGAUUAGGAGCUUGAUAUGAUAUAUGUUGUGUUCUCCUCACGAUCUGUUUCGCUGAGGCUGUGUAGAUGAAGAAUUAGCUUCUUCUUCUUCUUCCUUUUUUUUCUUUUUUUUUUUUUUUUUCUUUUUUUAAUUAUUAUUAUACGAAGAAUAUGCUUUUAGUUUUGAUUGGAGAAAUGCCUGUUUUUUUAGACACUGGUUGAUCCUACCAAGUGUUGUUACCUGAUAAUUGGAUUUUUUAUGAAAAUCGAUUGUUUUCUUCUUUUU